AAUAACAGCUCAGCUUGGUUGUAGGACAGCGGAGGAGCAACUUCAAAAAAACACAGGAGCAGCAGGAACAGGAGGAGCCGACCCACCUACCUACCUACUAUAUAAACCUGUCGUGUUAGUCUCUGUUGGGGCUGCGUUGACUUUGAAAUUGGUUUUUUUUUUUUUCUUAGUCAUAGUAGCCGCUGCUGACAGGAUGAGGACCGGGCUCGCCUCGACAGUCGCAGAUGUUUUCCAUUAAGGUUAAUUUUACCCACGAACUCGGAAACCGUCGGAUUUAGCUGACCCACUUCACGCCCUGUAAGGCUCUGUUCCAGUGGGCUCCUCUGAUCCGCCGCCUGGCUGCUAAUCCACCUCCCCGGCGAUAACUCAUGACCGCGCAUCCUUGUGCCCUGAUGUUCCGGUGAUAUGGGAGAGUGGUGGACAACCGAGACAUCUAUGGAAAACUGUGAGAUCUCCAGCAUAUCACAUGCAACAAUGUCGCCCUCGAGACAGAACAACCUUGUGUCAAUGUAUUCUUUGCCUCUGUUCAAAAGCUCCUACAACGUGAUAAGUGCCUUCUGCACAGAGGAUAACAUUCCUCAGUGCAUUUCAUACAUCAGUCAGGAGCUCGCCUCACUGGGCCUCUCUUCCACAUGCAUCGAGGCCGCCUCACAAGGGGGAGCCGGCCUGAGCGCAGUGCCAGCUCUGAAUGCCAUGUACGAGCUCCUACAGCUUCACAGGCGAAACAUGUGCAACCUCGAGGAGCUCGAGAAAGAACAGCUGAAGAAAUCCAGCACCUUGGAGCACAUACAGAUGAACAAUUCCAGGCUCAAGGAUCAGUUGGAACUCUCUAUUAGGGAGAAGUCUGGUCUGCAUGAGACGGAGAGGCAGCUCCAACUGAAAAUCAAGACUUUACAGAGCUGCUUGAAAACAGAAAAAGAUGAGGUUCAGAAACUCCAGAGUAUCAUCGCGAGCCGUGCCUCUCAGUACAGUCAUGAUGCCAAGAGGAAAGAGAGAGAAGCUGCAAAGCUCAAGGAGCGCCUCAGUCAAUUACUGGUUGACAGAAAAGAUAAGAAACUAGCCAUUGACGUACUGAACUCCUUGGGACGAUCGGAUGGAAAAAGGAGCCACUGGAAAACUGCGAAAGUGACAGCCAGCCACGAGGGUGAGAUGUACAAGUCCUUGCUCAGUGACUAUGAGGCAAGUCAGAGGUCGCUGAUGCUGGAGAACGCUGAGCUCAAGAAAGUCCUCCAGCAGAUGAAAAAGGAGAUGAUACAUAUCCUGAGUCCACGUCAGGCUUCUGCCAGAGGAGCCAGUGCUGACGACAGCCAGGAGCAGGGUGAUUCGGAUGGAGAGGAGAAGGCAGGUGACAACAGCAGGGAAGCUCUGGACCAAUCCUGUGAGCAUGCCAGGGAGCAGCUCACCAACAGCAUCCGCCAACAGUGGAGGAAGCUCAGGAACCACAUGGAGAAAUUGGACAGUCAAGCAUCUCAAGUGCAGAAUCAGCUGGAGUCCAAUAAAGACGUCAUACCUCUGGAGACCCACGAGGAUGAGAUGGAGCGGAUGAGGCGUGAAGUCCAGCAAUGCAAAGAGUUCAUUCAUGCACAACAGCAGCUCCUACAGCAACAACUCAACACAUCCUUUGAUGAGGAGACUGCAGCUCUUCUUAAUGACUGCUACACGCUGGAGGAGAAGGAGCGUCUCAAAGAGGAAUGGAGGCUCUUUGAGGAGCAGAAGAGAAACUUUGAGAGGGAGAGAAAGAACUUCACGGAAGCUGCUAUUCGUCUGGGGCGAGAGAAAAAGGCCUUUGAGGAGGACCGUGCUUCUUGGCUCAAGAAUCAGUUUUUGAACAUGACUCCCUUUACAGACCGAAGGAGAUGUUCCUCGUCGGAUGGUCAGAGUGCCUUAUCAAUUAGAAGUGAGCCAGAGAUCAGGAUGUCUUCAGUGAAAGCUCAGCUGGGUAAAUCAUCCACCUACAAUUCGUUUUCCUCUCCCAAACCUUCACAAAGUGCUGCUGUACCAUCCACAACCGACCUUUACCGGACGCUUCGCCUGAUUCCAGACGGCAGUUCCUCCAGACGUUCGAACCGAGGACACUGGCAGGAGUCCAGCUCCACUGAAGAUGGCGACACCCGGGUCAAGUCAAAAAACAGACUUAGAUGCAGUGACUUGAGUAUCUUCUCUUUGGACGAAGAUGAGAACAGCCUCGCUUGAAGGACUCCAGUGCCUUUUUCUGUUUUGUUUUUCUCUGCAAUGAUGCACUGGACUUUGGCAUCAAUACAUGGCUGAAUUCCAUCAACGCCUGUGAUUUUUUUUUUUUUUUUUUUUAUGGACACACAAAUCAUUCACCAAAGCUGAUCAAACAAAGAAAGCACUUUAAUGCGUCCGCCAUUUCUUACACAAAUCAACACUGACAACUGAGAUUGUAAGCUAUAUUCAGAGGGGGGGUAUCUAUGAAGCAGUGGCUUGAACAUAUUGUAGUUAGAAAUAACUUCCUAUAUGUUUAUUACACCAAAAUGCUUGAGUUUUGAAUCAAAAGUAACAUUAAUGUUUACAUAAUCUAUAAAUUAUGACUUUUAGUAGCGGCAUAUAUUGAAAUUAGAUUGCUGCUGGUCUAUUCCGCAAGUGUAACUGUACAAUAAAGAUAUUUUUUAAUUAAUAA